UCUUCGGCCCCGCCCCUGCAGCAAGUGGGCGUGGCCCAGGCCCUGCCCCUGCCAUCCGGAACUCUAGAGCUGCUUCAGGAGGUCCCGGAGGUCUGUGCCCAUGGCCAUGGCCGCUGCGUUGCUCGCCCGGGCCGGUGGCUCUCUCGGCAGAGCUCUCCGCGCUCGAGAUUGGCGAAGAUUACAUACUGUUUACCAGUCUGUGGAACUACCUGAGACACAUCAGAUGUUGCGCCAGACAUGCCGGGACUUUGCUGAGAAGGAGCUGGUCCCCAUCGCUGCCCAGCUGGACAAGGAACAUCUCUUCCCCACAUCGCAGGUGAAGAAGAUGGGGGAGCUCGGGCUGCUGGCCAUGGAUGUGCCAGAGGAGCUGAGUGGUGCUGGCCUGGAUUACCUGGCCUACUCGAUCGCCCUGGAGGAGAUCAGCCGUGGCUGCGCCUCCACCGGAGUGAUCAUGAGUGUCAACAACUCUCUCUACUUGGGACCCAUCCUGAAGUUCGGAUCCUCACAGCAGAAGCAGCAGUGGAUCACCCCUUUCACCAACGGUGACAAAAUCGGCUGUUUUGCCCUCAGUGAGCCAGGCAAUGGCAGUGACGCGGGGGCCGCUUCCACCACUGCCCGGGAAGAGGGUGACUCCUGGGUCCUCAACGGCACCAAAGCCUGGAUCACCAACUCCUGGGAGGCUUCUGCCACGGUGGUGUUUGCUAGCACCGACAGGUCCCGGCAGAACAAGGGUAUCAGCGCUUUCCUGGUUCCCAUGCCAACUCCUGGGCUUACGCUGGGCAAAAAGGAAGACAAGCUGGGCAUCCGGGCCUCAUCUACAGCUAACCUCAUCUUUGAGGACUGUCGCAUCCCCAAGGAGAACCUGCUCGGCGAGCCUGGGAUGGGCUUCAAGAUAGCCAUGCAAACCCUGGACAUGGGCCGCAUUGGCAUCGCCUCCCAGGCCCUGGGUAUUGCCCAGGCCUCCCUGGAUUGUGCCGUGAAGUACGCCGAGAACCGCCAUGCCUUUGGGGCACCCCUCACAAAGCUCCAAAACAUCCAGUUCAAGCUGGCAGACAUGGCCCUGGCCCUGGAGAGUGCCCGCCUGCUGACCUGGCGCGCCGCCAUGUUGAAGGACAAUAAGAAGCCUUUCACCAAGGAGUCGGCCAUGGCCAAGCUGGCUGCAUCAGAGGCUGCUACUGCCAUUAGCCACCAGGUGAGCACCAAGCCCCUGGGCACGGCCCCUUUCCCUUCCCCGGUGUCGGGGACUUCUCCCUCCUUGUGCCUGUUUUUCCUCUUAGGCCAUCCAGAUCCUGGGCGGCAUGGGGUACGUGACAGAGAUGCCAGCCGAGCGCUACUACCGAGAUGCCCGCAUCACUGAGAUCUAUGAAGGUACCAGCGAAAUCCAGAGACUGGUGAUUGCCGGGCAUCUGCUCCGGAGCUACCGGAGCUGAGCCCCCGCCCUUCUUGGGAACUUGCCAGCCUGCUCAGACCAUGAAGGGACCUGCCUCGGUCAGCCUUUCUGCCCCUCACUGUAGCCCCCAGUCAGACUAGGGGAAAGUCUGUCUCAGGGAGAGGGAAGGUCAACCGCUGUGACCUGUCAGCUCAGAAUGGGGCGGCGUGGCUACCUCUUUACCCCCCACCAACAGUGCCUCUCUCUUUGAGCGACCUGCUGGAGGCAGGGCCACAGAGACCUGAAUGACCCUGGCCCUCCCAAUGCGGAUGCCGUUCCCAAGAGUCCUCAGAGGCAAGAACAGGAGGGGCAGGGCGGGGUGAGGAGGGGAAGGGGAUGGCCCAGUGCUUGAGUCCCCAGGGUUGUCGUGGGAAGGCUGGGGAACCGGAUCAUAGGGCCCUGGCUAGAGGUCAAGUGGCCGCAGGUGGUUCUGUGGCUGUAGAGCUGCCUGUGGUCAAUAAAGCUCACCUGUGUCCUGA